AUGUCGGGCCCACUACCCGACCUGUCGAAACGUGCUUCUCGACCAAGUCCAGGGCAGAGACCAUCAGUUGAUCAACAGAAAAAAAGGUCCAAGCAUGUUCCAAAUGCUGGGUUGAGUUUAGAUCCUACAGAUGCGCUCAUUCCAGGUUCAUCUUUCGACCAAUCCCAUCAUGAUGCGCUCCGUCGAGUUGGUUUGGCCACCUUUGCUCCACUUGUGGCUGUUAAAGAUAUUGACCUUGUCAAUGAACCCAUCAUUCUUGUUGAUGAUGAGAUAUGGAGACCCAAGUUUCAGAGGUCAGAUGGGAAACGUCUUAUGACGAAUAAAGAACUCUUGCAUGAUCCUGAAGCAUUCGACGUCGUUUUAGGUGGUCUCCUUCAUCCACAAGACAUUAAGGAAUGGAUAGAUUUGGAUGAUCGUGACUUUGCACUCCAACAGACUCACCACUUAAUCUUGGACGUGUUGAAAAGGAGAAGAAAGAUCAGUACGAUGCAUAUUGCACUCAAAUUUUCAAGGAGUCUGCCAAACAAUUUUGGAGAGAUAGGACUUGGUAUCGCAGACUACGAGUUCAUAUUCGGGGUGAUCCCCACAAACAUUCCUCUUCUCGGAUCUGCAGAGUAUCACGUGCCUCCUAACUCUAGUGAUACUGCGCCUUCCACCGUGAGCCAUGACAUUUCUAUUCUCAACUACAAGAUCGAGGAGUAG